CCCCCCACAGCCGCAUCAUCAGCGCCAAACCGAGUUGUUAGGUUUCUGCAAAGGAAACCGACUUUCGCUUGUGGCGAUUAAAAACAGAGAAAGAGAACAGAAAAAGUUAACCAUAUUUCAAUAUGCCGAAGAACAAGGGAAAGGGAGGCAAGAACCGCAAGAGAGGAAAGAACGAGGCCGACGACGAGAAGCGAGAGCUUGUCUUCAAAGAAGACGGUCAGGAAUAUGCUCAGGUCCUCCGCAUGCUUGGCAACGGCCGCUGCGAAGCCAUGUGUAUCGACGGCUCUAAACGCCUCUGCCAUAUCCGAGGGAAGAUGCAUAAGAAGGUUUGGAUUGCCUCCGGUGAUAUAAUCCUCGUUGGCCUUAGGGAUUACCAGGAUGAUAAGGCUGAUGUCAUCCUCAAGUACAUGCCUGAUGAGGCUCGGCUCUUGAAGGCUUAUAGCGAGUUGCCUGAUAACAUUAGGUUGAACGAAGGAAUUGCCGGUGGAAUUGAUGAUGAUGAUGAUGGUGCUGCCGAUGAUUACAUCGAGUUUGAGGACGAAGACAUCGAUAAGAUCUGAAGUCCUGUAUGUAUCGGAGUUUUGCUCCUUUUUAAAAUCCUUAAAUUCUGCUCUCUUAUUUUUUUUUUUUUUUCAAAUUUUCACAUGUAAUAUCAGUGUAAUUAUGGGUGGUGAAUCUGAUACGAUAAUAGUCAUCUAGUUUUUCA